ACGACGGAAGGAGAUUUGUGUGCAUCGCAAAACAGUUCUUGAAAAUCGUUAAUAAUACUUUAACGAACCCUCCCCGCCCGCCUAAACAAAUGAGUCAAAUGAGACUUGCUUCUAUCGGUUUUACUGUGAAGAACUUAAUGUAAAAUCAUUCUCAAGCUGCAAAGAACAUCAAAGAAACGCUCGUAUACCCAAUACAAAUUCGUGGCAGAAAUUAGCCUAGCAACAUCGUUCGAGAGACAGCUCAUCAUAUUGUCCGAUGGCAUCGGCUACGGCACCUUUGCUUGAGGAAGCCGUGCCAUUUGGCGAAGAAGAUGAGCUGAACCAAGACGGGAUUGUUAAAAGGCUCUCCCAUCCCUAUGUGACCUUCUUCCACAUAGUUUUCCGUUCAGCGGCGAUAGCGACGUACCUGUUUUGUGGCUGGUUCAGCGAUAGUUUUAUAACAAGUUUCGUGUUCGUGGUGCUGUUGCUUUCCGCCGAUUUUUGGACCGUCAAAAAUAUUACGGGUCGUUUGCUUGUCGGGCUACGCUGGUGGAACUACGUCGAUGACGACGGUGUGUCACACUGGAUAUUCGAGUCAAAGAAGGGCGAAAACUAUUCCGUCAAGUUCAAUCCCCACGAAGUGCGCAUCUUUUGGUUGGCACUAGUGGUGUGUCCGGUAUUCUGGGGGUUCUUCUUCAUUGUGGCAUUGUUUGGAUUCAAGUUCAAGUGGUUGUUGUUGGUGUUGAUAGCACUCGCGCUGAAUGGAGCUAACUUGUAUGGCUAUCUCAAAUGCAACUUCGGGGCUGGAGCAAAUCUGGGCACAACUACAUCCAAUUUCGUCAAAAGUCAAGUUCUGAAAAAUGCUGUUAAUCUCAUAGCCACUCAAGCUAGCUACCCUGCUGAGGGUAGUGGCGCUGGUACAACUAGUCCAAGAAACAGUAACAUUGUAUAGAAAUGCAAAUAUGUAAAAGUCGCUAAAACUCUGAGGAACCUUUCUGCUGCGUAAAUGAGCUAAAACAAUUGUAAUAACCAAACAACAUCCACAAAUAAAAAUAAGUA